GUUCUUCAAUUAUUUACCCUUCCUUGCCCUUACUCCUAGCUAGCUUGCGAGUAAGAAGGGGAGGACUUGUGACAAUACCUAAUUGUCGGAAGUGAAGCCAUCCACAUCACCGGCCAACUGUAUCUCUAUCUUGAAUCCCCAUAUGGCCACGUGGCACUCACCCAUUACCUUCAUGAUUGUGAAGCAAUAAAGCAUAUAAAGCAUUGUUCUUCAUUGUUACUGCACCAACUUCUGUGUACCUCUUCUUCUCUCCCAAUAAAAUUUUCUAUAUCCAUUGAUGGAUUCCUUGCUUUUGGAUCUUGGCUGAUAGUAUUUUAAAUAACAUAGCAGCAGGAAUUCAGAAUUUUUGGAUCGGAGCUUUGCAGUUUGAAGUAUGGAGCCUUUAUGUGAGUUUUGUGGAGUUAUGAGGGCAGUGGUGUAUUGUAAGUCAGAUUCAGCGCGGCUUUGCUUGCAGUGCGAUGCUUGUGUGCACUCGGCCAAUUUGUUGUCGCGUCGACAUGCCCGUUCGCUUUUAUGUGACAAGUGUAAUUCACAACCUGCAAUUGUUCGCUGCAUGUAUGAUAAAUUGUCUGUGUGUCAAGGUUGUGAUUGGGAUGGCAAUGCCUGCGUGGGGUUGGGGCACCAGCGCCAGGCAUUGACUUGUUAUUCUGGGUGUCCUUCUUUGGUUGAGUUCUCAAGGGUUUGGGCGUACGUCCUCGAUGAGCCUUCCCCACGUGGGGUUGAUGCCUGCUCAAGCACCUUGAAUGUGCUACCUAUAAAUGAGAAUUGUGUAACCAACGUUUUGGAGCCUAGAAAUAGUGAAAGAUUAGUUGGGUUGGCAGCCAACAAAUUGACUGAGUUACAAUCAUGUUCCGAAUUGGAGCCUUGGAUGGGUCGUGCUUCCUUGGUCUCACAGAAUCCAACUUAUAUGCCACCAUAUUGUAAAGAUCAAGCGGUUUUCUUCCCUGAGGAUUCAAGCCUACCAAAGGAUUCUAAUUUCAAGGAUAUUGGACUUCAUGGUGGUGAUAAUCUCUGUGAAGGUAUCGACAUGGAAGAUGUUGGGCUGAAUUUGGAGGAUGGGAAUGAGAUGUCUGGUUGUUUACAGGGUCAUCCUAGGUAUCAUUUUGAGGAUGCAGGGAUGGAUCACCUAUUAAUAGAGAAAAAUUUAUCUGUUACAGAAUCUAAUGGUCCCAUCGAUAAUGCUUUAGAGGCGUCAUCAUCUGGACAACAAGAUUGCAUGGCUAAUUUCCAAUCCUCUGGUGUGGGACGUGGAUCAAUGAUACAAGCGGCAAGUGGCAGUGCCAAUCAUGUUCUCAUAAACCCUAGUUGCAAUAGAAGCAACGUUGGCCUUGUUUUUCCUGUUGGACAAAUUCAUUCCAGUAUCUCGCUUUCAUUAUCUAACAUCACUAGUGAAAGUAGUGCAGUAGACUACCAAGAUUGUGGACUAUCACCAAUGUUUAUGACAGGUGAAUCACCAUGGGAAGCAAGUUUAGAAGCUAGUUGCCCAAAGGUGAGGGACAAAGCCAAGAUGAGAUACAAUGAAAAGAAGAAAACAAGAACGUUUGGUAAGCAAAUACGAUAUGCUUCUCGUAAAGCUCGGGCUGAUACUAGAAAACGUGUGAAAGGAAGAUUUGUGAAGGCUGGUGAAGCAUAUGACUAUGAUCCUCUUAUGACAAGAGACUUCUGAUAGUGGAAACCCGAUCUUUAUCCUUUAUUAUGCAAGUUGUAACUUAUGGCCAUAGUAACUGAGUUUCAUAAACAAGGAAAGGGAGAAGAACAUAGAGGGGCUGUUGUACAAGGACUCAUCGAUGAGUGUCUUGACCUCAUUGACGAGAAGAUCUCGUGACCCAAGAAAUUUCAGAGUGUCUGAGAUACCGAAAGCUGCUUUGAAGGCUCAUCGACGAGUGGUCAGAAUCGUCAACGAGUGGUCUUCUUGGUCUCGUCAACGAACCCCUGUUCUCGUCAAUGAGUAGUUCUGCGCUGCGAGUAGAUUUUUGAAAUAUGAAUUUGGAGGUUAUGGUAGUUGGACAUUUGGAGGGAAACCUCUGAGAAACUUUUAUAUAUUGUAUUUUUGAGUGUAUUUGCUAUAGAAGUUCAUUGUAAGAACAAGAGUAUUGUGAUUUUCACAUUGUAGUGAAGUAUUUGUGCCAUUUGUUU